AUGAUGGCUGACAGUGAAAGUGGCAAAUGCGAUGAAAAAGGAAACAAAAUUCAGCAUUGGAUACGUGCCGAUCAAAGCAAAAUUUAUAAUACAAUUGAAGAGACUGUUAAAUCUACUUCAAGUAGUCAUCAGGAGAGAAGGAAUAAUCCAUUAGAAGGUGCAAAGAGGAAUCGAUGCAGGAUUGAAAAUGUGGCCUCGAAAAACUGUAUCACUACUUCUGCUACCAAAACGGGAAUUGUUUCGGUCUCACUUCCUGUAGCAGCGAGUAUUAGUGAUGAAGGAACAUCGUGCAUCAGUUCUCAGUUAUCAAGAUAUCUUCAUAGCGGUAUCUUACAACAGUCGACACAUAAUCCGUGGUUUCAACCUUGGUUAUCUACAAUUCGUCCCUCAAUUGCUCAACAACAUAAUUUGGCACAUAGUGAUAACAAAAAACAUACAGAAAGAGUUCAUGAAAUAAUAUCAGCUUCCACGAAGGAUCUCUUCCAGUUAGUAUCGGCUUAUUCACAGCGAAACAAAAAUCUACAAUAUGAAACAAUUCAGGUAAUUCCAGACGGUAACAGUGUUACUGGAAGUUCACCAGAAACUCAUUUGGUAACUGAUAAUUCAAAAACAAUGACCGAUGCAGUCGACGAAUUGGGCAGUGACUGUGACGAUGAUAACGAUGAUGAUGAUGAUGAUGGUGAUGAUGACGACGAUGAUAAUGAUGAUGGUGACGAUGAUGGUGACGACAUCGCAAUACGUGCAAGUGACGAUGAAAGCACCAUUUUGUUAUCUGGAUCUACCAUUCCACGCAAGAAGAAAACUCGAACAGUUUUCAGUCGUCAACAAGUGUCCCGGCUGGAAAUGACCUUUGAUAUGAAGCGAUAUUUGUCCAGUCAAGAACGUGCAUAUUUGGCUUCGACUUUACAUCUUAGCGAAACACAGGUGAAAAUCUGGUUUCAAAAUAGGCGAAAUAAGUGGAAACGUCAAGCGGCAAGUGACGUUGAUAGUUCAAGUGCGAUGAAUAUUCAUCGAUCACACAUUUUUGCCUCAAAUAUGCAACACAUUGGUGAUGCAUCAGAACGUUUCUCCGGAAGUAUUGCAGUCACAAAUAGCUUACCGAUAGCACCUCUGCCAAACAUCGCUCCAUCACUACUACACCCAGCAAUCCUAUUUCACUCAAAUUCAGCGGCGACACCAGCAUCUGCAACAUCGGCGUCACCACAAACAAUCAUCAAUUUCAAUAGCGUAGAAAAUGCGGCAGCUGCUGCGAAACUGUUUUAUAGCACCUAUGGCAGUGGCAACACGGGAAUUACUGGCCCUAGCGCAUAG